GCUCUGUGUCUCUCUGUCUUAUCAGUGGCAAUUGCCACCACCGACGCCGGCGGCGUGUUAAUGUGGGAAUGAAUAGCCAUGAUACAAAUGAACUUCCUCCAGUCUAACGCGUGUCGUCGUCGCCCCGACAGGCGUGUAAUUAUUAUUGGCCACAUUCCGCUACAUUAUUAAACUCCCGCCACCGUUGCUGCAGCCGCUGCUACUUGCGCAUCCGCGACGAUGGCCAGGCACACGACUUUGCUGCUGCUGCUGUCGGCUCUGUCCGCCCUUCUCUUCCAGGCCGAUGCCCGGAUCCUCGCGCAAUGCGACGCGGCCAAGGAGCUGGCGCGCGCCGGCAUCGAGCGCACCUUCAUCAGCAACUACGUCUGCGUGAUGAAGAGCGAGAGCAACUUCGACACGUCGAAGAAGACCGGCCCGGGCCACAAGGCCAGCUACUCCUACGGCAUCUUCCAGAUCAGCAGUGACAAAUGGUGCAGCGCCUUCAGACCCGGCGGCGUGUGCAACAAGAACUGCAACGACUUCCUGGACGACGACAUCCGGGAUGACAUCGCCUGCGCGAGGACCAUCUUCAAGCUAGAGGGUUUCAAGCACUGGAAGGGAUGGGUGAAGAGCUGCAAAAAUGGAAAUCUUCCGAACGUCUCCGGAUGUAUUAUCAGGAGGGACCUGACGGAGGAGGACUUGAUCGGAGACGACUCCGACGAGGAGGAGUUCAUGCCCAUGGCUCCAGAGAUCACGGAUUUGGGCGAAACCGGUGUCCUGGACGACCCGUACUAGAAGGACGAGUAGGAGGCGUGUUUAGUGAAAAGCUUUGUGAUAGUUUGAGAUUCAUGGUGUGUUUUUGGACGUGAUUAUUCGAGUGUAAUUUAUGAUGGUUGUUUUUGUUUGUUUGAAAUAAAAUAUUGCUAUCCAUGUUUGUUA